CGGGGGUGGUGCCCACGCGCGCGUGCCCGGCAGGAGUUUCGGUGGCGGACUUGCGGCGUCGAGCGCACACCGGGGUGCCGUGCUGUCGUCGGCGCGACGAGCGUCACGUGACCGGGGACAUCACGUGGCGGCGGAGUGCCGGCCGCCAGGCUGAGCGGCGGCCCCCCACGCGUGGCGCGACCUUCAGACGGCGAACAACCCGCCCCAGCCGGCUGACCCAGGCCCGGUCGGCGCACCGCUUGACCGUCGGCGGCGAACCUCCCAGCCCGGUCAGGCACCUCACCGCCGUCUUGGCCAUUCACCAUGGGCCGGCGGAAAAUACAGAUCUCGCGCAUCACAGAUGAGCGAAACCGACAGGUGACCUUCACCAAGCGAAAGUUCGGCCUGAUGAAGAAGGCGUAUGAGCUGAGCGUGCUGUGCGACUGCGAGAUCUCGCUCAUCAUGUUCAACUCGGCCAACAAGCUGUUCCAGUACGCCAGCACCGACAUGGACAAGGUGCUGCUCAAGUACACGGAGUACAACGAACCGCACGAGUCCAGGACCAACAAGGACAUCCAGGAGGCGCUCAGCAAGAAGGAGCAGAAGAGCGACGGCCUAAGUCCCGAGAGCCCGGAGCCGGAGGAGUGCGCGGCGCCCGGCCGGGCCGAGCCGACGGCCAAGUACCGCCAGAUCGAGCACGAGUACCAGCGGCUGGUACACGGCGGCCAGCUCGCCGCCGCCAGGGCGGACUCCAGUCCCGGUGGCUACGCGCUGAGCGAGGACGGCCAGUACGCGUCCGUCUCCGAGAGUGGCUCCGGCUGCGGCGGUCUGGCGCGGGCCUCGCCGCCUUCGCAGCACGCUAUCAGCCCGCGGCCGACGCAGCAGCAGCAGCAGCAGCAUGCUCUGAGCCCGCGGCCGACGCAGCAGCAGCAACAGCAGCAUCAACAGCAGCAGCAGCACACACUGAACCCGCGUCCGAUGCAGCAGCAGCAACAGCAGCAGCAGCAGCAGCAGCAGCAUACUCUGAGCCCGCGGUCACUGCAGCAGCAGCAGCACGCGCUGAGCCCGCGGCCGACACAGCAGCAUCCGCUGAGCCCCCGGCUGGGGUCAACACAGGGUCUGCGGGAGUCGCCGGUGGGCUACCCUGCGGCCGGCUCGUCACCCGACCCGGCCGUGUCGCCGGGCCCGCAGCACCAGGCGCCGCCGGCCACCGUGUCGCGCUCCGUUGUCGGCGGUAGCAUGGCGUCCGCCGAAUACGGCUUCUGCGGCGGGGCGGAGCUGGCCGGCCGCGAGCCACCGCCGCCCGGCGGCCUGGCCAUCCCGCAGCCGUGGCGACCUGGUCCCGUCACCCUGCAGGCCUUCACCUCUCACCUGUCACACGCGCACCACGGCCUGCCGCACCUGUCCGUGUCGCCGCCGCCGGAGGCCGAGAGGCGCCCGCUGCGCCUGGCCAAGGAGGAGCGGACGUCUCCGCUCUCCAGGGAGCGGCACGGCGCCUGCGGCCACCAGCACCUGAGGCCCGCGCCCGCCGGACACUCGCCGCCAGCAGCCGCGCUCGGCGCGCCACCGCCGGGGCGUCGGCCGGGGCCGGCCGGCUUCAGCCACGCCCUGUCGGAGCCGGCCCUGGAGAGUGACGCCGCUCCGCUGCACAAGCGGCCGCGCGUCGCCGAGACCUGGGUCACGUAG